AUGGCCAAGGAAGGUAAAGAAUCCAAGACACAAGAUAACUAUGACGCCAGAAUGCCAGCUGUCAUAGAGUUUGCUAAACCAUUAGCUUCUAAAAAGUUAAACAAAAAGGUCUUGAAAACUGUCAAGAAGGCCUCGAAGGCUAAGAACGUAAAGAGAGGUGUCAGAGAAGUUGUCAAGGCCUUAAGAAAGGGUGAUAAAGGUUUAGUUGUCAUUGCGGGUGAUAUUUUCCCAUACGAUGUCAUUUCUCAUCUACCUGUUUUAUGUGAAGACCAUUCCGUUCCAUACGUUUUCGUUCCUUCCAAGCAAGACCUUGGUUCUGCUGGUGCUACCAAGAGACCAACUUCUGUCGUAUUUAUAGUCCCUGGCAGUAAUAAGAAAAAGGAUGGUAAAUCUAAGGAGGAAGAAUACAAAGAAGCAUUCAAUGAAAUAGUAAAGGAAGUUGAAGCAUUAUAA